AUGCAUGCAGCCAGAAAAACUGAGCUGGAAUUACUCUUGAAGAAGCGCGAUGACUUAGCCAGAAAUACCGCAAUUCAACGACGGCGAUUGCCAAUCUCCCACCUGAAGAGUUGGAUACAAGUAAUAGUAUCAAGCGCUCAUUUACGAUGGCAAGUUAUCAGGGUGCGGGCAGAAGCUAGAAAACUGCGAAGCGUUGCUAUAAUUCGAUUCUCCAGCCUUUUCACUGCACACCUCGUACUACAGGCGACUACCUCUUCCGAGCCAUUCAAGAUGAAGGCACAUAUCCUUAGUGAUAAAGCAUAUGAUGGCAGGCGACAUAUCUUUAAAAGCAGACUGGAAAGGUCUAUACACAGCAUAAGCAUCACUGUGAUUUUGAACGUCCUGGAAAUAGUGUGGGCAGUUCCAAUAGCAAUGACUGGCCUGCUGUCACAGCUCUCCUAUCUGGACACUAUAAGCAUCGAUCUAGCAGAUCUCUCCGAAUGGCAAGUGAGCGCCAUACAAGGCUUAGCUCCUCAAGCAGCGCUCUCAUUGCUGAUGUACUGCUUCCCUUAUAUCAUCUGCGCUCUAUCGAAUUUCUUCGUCCAUUUCGAAGGCUCCUCGGUCGAAACAUUGAUCCAAAGACAUUAUUUCACGUUUCUUUACGUACAAUUGUUUUUGGUCUCUAUUCCCUUAAUCCUUGCUCGAAACCUGCCAAAGUCUUGCAACUACUUUUUUUCCUACCUGAUUCUGCAGGCUGUCGUACAGACUAGCACUAUACUCUUCCAGCUGCCGGACGGCCUUUGGAGGGGCCUGCGACGUGGCCAAGCGGAACACUCCAUGAAGCGUGUCCGUUGGAGCUUAGUCUAUCCGGUCUUUGCCAAUUUGAUCUGCAUAUGCAUUAUAUUUUCCCUUUUGUCGCCUCUCAUCUUGCCAAUCGGGCUGCUGACGUUCAAGGUGUUCCUAAUCCUCUAUUCCUAUCAAGCAACAUACGUGCUCGAAAGCGAUAAGGAAACUUCUGGUUUGCUCUACUGGGAAGCUGUCAACUAUCUUUUUGUAGGUAUAUAUACUAUGGAUCUUUGCCUUAUCGGGCUUUUUGCGUUACAGAAUGCAGUCGGACCCACCAUAAUGGCUGCUACCUUUCUGCUUGGUGUUGCGAUGGUGCAUAAGCAUCUAAGGAGCAAUUUUUCCCCUCUCAUCCACUACAUAUCCUGCAAGUCUCCAUAA